AUGUUUAGUAAAGGGUAAUUUUAAAGUAUUAAAGUUUUUCUGUAAAAGGUAAAUUAGCUCUAAUAUCAUUAGAAUUGCAUACUUUGGAAGGUUGAUAGUUUUAUUUGGAAUUUCAUAUCUUAAGGUAAAUAUUGGUAACAUAUUGAUAUUUUUAUUUCCACAACUUUUAUACAAAAACAAUUAAUAAUAAAAGCAUCAAGAUUCUGAACUGAAUACCAGACUAAUGGGAGUCAAUCAAUAAAAAUAGAGAUUUGACAUCUAAUCCAAAAACUAAAGAAAAUUAUUCAAUAUGAUAAUUUAUUUUGGAUUUAUUAAAAUAUAAAUCCCUAAAGUAUUUUUCAAAUCAAAUUAAUUAAUGUACCAAUAAUUAAUAGUAUUCAUUUAAAUUUCAAUACAUAAAUUAGUAACCUGUUUAAAAUUUUUGGUAAUAGAGUAAGUCUUUUUUGCUAAAGGAAUGAUCAUCUUUAUUAUGGAAUUAAUUUAAUGA